AUGAGUUAUAAUAACAAUUAUGUAGAUUACAAUAUUCACGGUCGACGAAAAAUUAACAAUGCAAAUAAUAAGGAGGAAGAAAAUUCUUGGAGUAAUAUGAGUUACAACAAAGGUAACCAUAUGAAUAGUAAUGUAAUGAAAAGAGGGGGACAUAUGGAUAUAACAAAUAAUAAAAAUUUUAUGGAUAUAAAUAUUAAUGAUAUGAAUAAUAUGAAUAGUAUGAAUAAUAUGAAUAGUAUGAAUAAUGUGAAUAGUAUGAAUAAUGUGAAUAAUAUGAAUAAUGUGAAUAAUAUGAAUAAUGUGAACAAUUUCAAUAAUUUUUAUAGUGGAAGCACUCCUCAUAUUAGUAAUAGAGAAAAUGAGGAGUCAGCUCAUUUAUUAAAUAAAAAGAAUUUACAGUUAGAUAAUACUUAUGUUAAUAAUUUGAUUAAUCCAAAUGAUAACGUUAGUCAUCCUUUCGCAAAUAGCAUAAACAAAAAUAUGUCUUCAUCAAAUUAUGUGUCAGCUCAUCCAAUUAUAGGCAGAAAUAAAACAAAGGAUAUUUCAAAUAGUAGUUAUAAUAAUAGAAAUAAUACAAGUACAAUAAAUAAUAAUAAUAGCAAUAAUAGUAAUAUUUUUAAUAAUAAUGAUAAUAGAAAAUUUUCAUAUAUCAAUAAUUCAAACACAACAAUGAUGAAACAAUCCAGUAUAAUAUUAAAUAAUAAUAGUAAUAAUAAUAAUAAUAAUAAUGCUACAAAUAAUUUAGUUAAUACCACUUUUAAUGUAAAUAAUAAAGUUUCUAGUCAUAGCAAUUUAUUAUAUAAUAAUAAAAAUUUUUCAAAUAAUAAUAACAAUGAUUAUUUUCAAAAUAAUAAUAACCCCAUUAGUAACUCCAACGUGGGGAUACAACAAAAUUAUUCUAACCAAUUUUUAAAAAAUAACGAUUCAAAGGAAGGAAGAAAUGUAAUUGUAUCUGAUAAUCUUUCUUUUGUUAAUAAUGUUAAAACUGAUAAUGAUUUAAAUAAUAAGAAUAUAUUUAAUAAUUAUAAACAAAAUUAUAAUGAUCAAAAUUUCGAACAAAAUAAUAUGAACAUAUCAGGUAAUAAUAACAACAAAUUUAAUAAUAAUAUGAACAGUUCAGGUGAUAGUAGUUUUGUUGGAAGUGUAGUAAGUGGUGUUAUAGGAUCGACUGCAUCAAGUUUUUUUCAAAAUAAAUUCUUAAAUAAUAAAGAGAAUAAUACAAGUAGUGAUAAAGGUAUUGUUCAUAAUAUAUUUGAAAGAUUAACAAAUGAUAAAGAAUCUAAAAAUGAGAUAAAUAAUUUGGUUCAACAAAAAGUGGCAAAUAUGGUAAUGAAUGAAAUAGAAAAAAAAAUUGAAAUAAAUCAGACAAGUUUUAUAUGUAAUAAAUUAUCUGUAUUGAGAGAAUAUUUUGAUGUAACUCAUUCAUAUGUUAUUCAGAAAAUAUUAUUUAUAUUGGUUCCAUAUAUAUAUAUAAGAAAGGCAUUAUGUGAAUCAAGAACAUAUUAUGUAUAUACACAUUUGAAAAGAAAAAUGGAAUCAUCUGAAAAAAAUAAAACCUUCAAUUCUGCAUUUAUAUUAAAUAAUAAUAAUAAUAAUAAUAAUAAUUUUAGUAGGCCCAAUUCAAGUAUGAAUAAUGAAUAUGCCUCACAAGGAGGAAGUUUUUUUUAUAAUGAUAAGAAUAAAGGAUAUAUGAGUAUUACCAAUAAUAUUAACAACAAUAAUAAUAAUAAUAGUAAUAAUAAUAAUAAUAAUAGUAGUAGUAGUAAUAAUAAUAUGGUAAGAAAUAAUUCAAAUGAUAUUAAUUAUGUAGAUUAUAGCAAUGUAGGUAUUUUUAAAGCAGAUUUAUAUAUCCCCUUAAUGUCAAGUAUCACUUAUAUAUUAUUAUAUACACUAACAAUUACUGCACAAAAAAAAAAUUCCACUUUUAAUCCUGAUAAUUUAUUUAAUAUAUCAUCUUAUGUAUUUAUCUUACUAUUUCUUGAAACAGUUAUUAUAAAAUUUUUAUUUUUAUUAACAUGCAGAGAUAUUAAUUUAUCCUUUUUACAUAUUCUUUCUUUUAUAUCAUAUAAAUUUGUUAUUAUGUGUGCUUUAAUUAUAACCAAAAUAUUUUUUUAUUUUCUUUAUUUUCUUUAUGCGUCUGUCUUUGGAGGUGCAGGUACAUUUCCUGAUAUGAACAUGAAAAAUAAUCUUCAUGCGAAUAAAAAAAUGUUAUCAAAUAAUUCACACAAUACAUUCAAAAAUAUGAAUUAUCAAAGCAUUAGUAAAUUUAGUCCAUUCAAUAUUAUUUUAUUUUUAAAUAGUAUGACAACAUACAGAUUAACCCAAUUAUAUUUUUAUAUAACUGUCACUAUACAGAUGAUACAAAUAUUUAAGUCAAUACAUUUAUAUAUACAUGACAAUAAUUCUAAUUUGUCAGAUAAGGUUAAUAUCAAAAGGAUUAAUGUGCUUAUACUUAUAUUUUCUUUGUCACAAAUAUUUUUAUGCUGGAUACUAACACCAUCUUUUACAUAA